AAAAUAAUAUAAUUAACUCAAUUAAAUUUUUUUUUACGGAAAGAUAUAUGCACAUGUUUAUUCAUAUCUCCAGACUGGUUAAGAUUGAUGCCUCUUAUCGAGUGGUCACUGUAGCGCAUCACUGACCAAGUGUAUCCACAUUACGCUUACUCUAGUGUAAAUAACGUUUCUGCAGACCCAGUUUCCCGACUUAGUGGGGUACCCGAAGAACAAAAAGGUAAAAUAUCUCUUCUGCGCCUCGCGUCACAUCGGUGCAGUCUCCAGACGAAUACGAGUAGAACGCGUUGGUUUGUGCGAAUCGGAUCGGGAAAAAAUCGAGAAAACUUUCUUGGCAUCUUCUCAGUACCUGUUUAUCGGUGUUCAUUUAAUCAAGUGUGUAAGAAUUACGCAAGACGUUAAUGUGUGAUUUUACAAUUUAUGAUGUUUUACGGUAAAAUAGUAAUAGUUCGGCAUAAAUGUAUGACACUUGUGAAAGUUAGGUGAAUGUGGAUCUGUAGCGUCUCAGCUGUGUAAAUUUGUUCUAAAAUCGAGGACAUGAUCGGAGCAAAGUUAGUUGUUUGUAGCUUUGUUAUUAUUUGCCUGAUAUCUUCGAAAUUGUUGAUUCGAGCCGAAGAGAAGGUGAAUAACAAUACUCAAGUAGGGCUUAACAAGACCCGAGUCUUAAAUAUUUUUCCGGGAGUCUGGUUUUCCGUGACGGACAACAAAGUCGUUGUUCACAUGACAAUUUGCGAUCUAAUAAAGAAAGAGACGGAAGUUGAGGGUCGCAAGCAAGGCGAAGAGAAAAAGAAUCCUUUGAAGAACAUCGGAUUCAUGAUGAUGAUGACGCCGUUCGUCAUGCAGAUACUGUCUCUGCCAGGCGCCAUAGCGACUAUUAAAAUGUCACUUCUGAGGAGCAUCAUGGUGGCGCAGUUAGCAAUAGCGAUAAUGAUCUACAACUUGAUUAAAAGUACAAGCAACCAAGAAGUAGUCGUGGUUCAUCAACCGCAACAUCACGCACAUUAUUAUCACAAGGACAAUUAUUAUUAUCCCGAGGACGAGGAACACGAGUGGUUUGGUAGAUAAAAACUGACAAGUGACAAUAGUAUUUUCUCGCAAUUAUUGAGACUGACCUCUUUACGAGAGUUCGAGUAUCCAAAGCAACACCUUCAACUGCACGAAGGACAUCUGUGAUAGACAAAGAUCGUCGACGCAGAAUUAUAUUUAUAAAUUUAUAUUUUCACGAAUUAUUAAAAUAU